GAUAUUUGACAGAGGAUGCCUGUCAACUGAAAAGUCGACUAAAAAUAAAAAUAUUCGGCAACAAUUCUUAGCCUUUUAUAAAUUUUUACUAAAUUAUGUCAAAUUCACAAAAUGAUAGCAGCACAGCCAUGGAGGAACGAAGAAAACAUCGCUACAGGGGUGGAGCAUUCUUAGGCCUUGUCGGCGGCGUAGCAGCUCUUUUUGGAUUCUCGCGAACAUUGGGUCGCGCGAAGAAAGACGAAGCGGCAUUCAUAGCCAAAGGUGGUAGGGAAACACUUAUUUUGAUGGACGCUGGGUCUGCUCUAGCUCUUCGAGCUCUCGGUUGGGGAACUUUGUACGCAGUUCUGGGAACAGGUGCAUUCUGUUUCGGAGUAUGGAAACUGUCAGGAGCGAAAAAUAUGGAUGAAUUUCGAAACAAAAUGGGCUCAGGCCUACCGAGACUGACCAAAACCGAUGAACCAACAAGUCAAACAGAAUUCGAUGGAUUAACCGACCUUAUGAAAUACCUAGCUGCCUGGGGAAAAGAAUAAACAAUAAACUUCCUUUUACUUAUCAACUAUUUAUUU